UCUCUCGCCUCGCCUUCAUCCCUCCCCCGCUCCCCGCCCCGUGCUUUUUCCCCUCUCGUCCGCUCGCGGCCCCAACCCCGGACUUCCAGCGGCGCACCGCCCGCGAGCUGGGCGCCAACACCUCCCUCUAUAAGCUCGAAUCCGCACGCCGACGCUGCUGCCGCCGCCGCCGCCCAGGGCAUUUCUGGCGUGCAGGGUGGCUUCUUGGAACAUCAGAUAAGAGUGGAAAUCAUAUAGGUUCCUUGCAUAAUGGUUUGAUCGACAGUUUGGGGCUCCUUAAAGCUGUAGAUGCUGACUGGUGCCCUUCGCAUUAGCUUGGCACCUACUUUGAGAUAGAGGUGAAUGCCACUGCAUAUUCCGUUGUACUUCGAACUUUGGUAAGAAUGUUUGACGGUGCUCAGAAAGCUCAAUACAUGGAUGGACACAGGGAAAGGUUCAUUAGGCUGGAGGAGUCAAGCCCGAGGUCAUCUGUACCUUCUGAAGUGGGAGGUGGAAGUGCCUUGAGGUUCAGCAUGCCUGGGUUUGGCUAUGGUUCAUUUAAUGCACUAAGAUCUUUCUUGUCAGGUGUCAGAAAGGGCUCUGGAAGACUCAAGUCACUUAGACAAUCGCUUACAUCUGGUGCUCCUAAGACCGCAUUUGCGGAAGAUCUUAAAUCAUUUAAGAAGACUAUAUUUGAUCCCCAGGACAAACUUCUUUUUCGGAUGAAUUGGGUUUUUUUCUCGUCCUGUAUUAUUGCUGUUGCGGUGGAUCCACUUUUCUUCUUCCUACCCAUCAUCAACAUCACCAAAGAUGGCAAACCAACCUGCAUUGGUAUAGAUAAAACAUUGGCAGUGGCAUCAACAAUAAUACGGACAGUUAUUGAUUCUAUCUAUUUUAUACGCAUAAUUCUUCAAUUCCGCACUGCUUAUGUUGCUCCAUCUUCUCGAGUAUUUGGAACUGGUGAGCUUGUGAUUGAUCCAGUGCCAAUUGCUAUGCGGUACAUUAAAAGUUACUUCAUAAUGGACUUAUUUGCGUUGCUACCACUUCCACAGAUUGUUGUUUGGAGAUAUCUCCACAUUUCAGAUGGUCCAGAUGUACUGACUACAAAAAAUGCAUUGGUGUGGGUUGUCUUGGUCCAAUAUAUUCCAAGGUUGUUACGGAUUUUCCCUGUGACUACAGAUCUGAAAAGGACAGCUGGUGUUUUUAUUGAAACUGCUUGGGCUGGUGCUGCUUACUAUCUUCUAUGGUUUAUGCUGGCUGGUCAUAAUGUCGGUACUUUGUGGUACUUUUUAACCAUUGAGCGUGAAGAUGACUGCUGGCAUUCAUACUGUCAUCUCAAGGAUGGAUGUGAUAGCAACUACUUGUAUUGCAGUGCUAAUCAUAAUGGCAACUAUGGCAGUUGGUUUAGUAGUACCCAAGUAUUCAACCAGUGUAAUGGUACUGUUAAUAAUCCUUUCAACUUUGGCAUCUAUCAGCAAGCACUGGUGUCUGGAAUACUUGGUCCAGGAAACUUUAUCUCAAAGUUAUGCUAUUGCUUCUGGUGGGGAUUGCAAAAUCUAAGUACACUUGGUCAAGGGCUUGUGACAAGCACAUACCCUGGAGAAGUGCUAUUCUCUAUUGCAAUAUGUGUUCUUGGAUUAAUUCUUUUUGCUCUCCUCAUUGGUAACAUGCAGAGUUACCUACAAUCAGUUGCUAUACGCCUUGAAGAGAUGAGAGUUAAGAAACGUGAUGCUGAGCAGUGGAUGCAUCACCGUUCACUGCCACCAGAGAUCAGACACCGAGUGAGGCGGUAUGAACGUUAUCGGUGGUUGGAAACCAGGGGAGUAGAUGAAGAAAGUUUGGUUCAAACUCUUCCAAAAGAUCUCAGGAGGGAUAUCAAACGUCAUCUCUGUUUGGGAUUAGUGAAAAGGGUACAUUUGUUUGAGAAUUUGGAUGAACGAUUGUUGGAUGCAAUAUGUGAGCGGUUAAGACCUGCCUUGUACACAGAAAAUGAAUACAUUUUGAGAGAAGGUGAUCCAGUGGAUGAGAUGCAUUUUAUUCUCCAUGGUUGUUUGGAGAGUGUAACCACUGAUGGUGGACGAAGUGGAUUCUUUAACAAGGUCCAGCUAAAGGAAGGCUCUUUCUGUGGUGAUGAGUUACUCACCUGGGCAUUGGACCCCAAGUCGGGCGCUAAUUUCCCAGCUUCCAGCAGGACCGUCAAGGCACUCACUGAGGUUGAGGCAUUUGCCUUGUGCGCCGAGGAGCUGAAAUUCGUGGCCAGUCAGUUCAGGAGGCUGCACAGUAGGCAAGUUCAGCACACAUUCAGAUUCUAUUCCCAGCAAUGGAGGACUUGGGGGGCCUGUUUCAUUCAAGCGGCAUGGCGCCGCUAUUACAAAAGGAAGAUGGCGGAGCAGCGACGCAAGGAAGAAGAGGCAGCAAGCCGGCCAAGUAGCAGCCACCCUAGCCUCGGGGCGACUAUCUACGCUUCUCGUUUCGCGGCUAACGCGAUGCGAGGGGUUCACAGAUUAAGAAGCAAGGCUGUCCCCGCAAUUGUCAGGCUACCAAAGCCCCCAGAACCAGAUUUUGGUGUCGACGAUGCUGACUAAUGAAGCAAUCACACUGAACUCGGUCGUAAUUGUACUCUAUGGUGUCUAUAGAUUGUGUACAAAAUUUUAAACACAGAACAUAACGGAGGACCAUAUCUUGUUUGACCUCUAGAGAAAUGCAAAUGUAUAAUUUUUGACUUACUGGAACCCCAACGUUGCCAGCUAUAGCCAGUUAUCAUCUGUGUCAAGUGAUCU